AUGGUCUUGUUGUCAUCCUCACAGAUCAUCAAAUCGGAAUACUGGCAGGUUACACUUCUUUACACCUCCUCGUCUUCUGUCCUCGUGUUCUGUGCUCCCCAGAAGCCCCACUGUAUCUUCGCCAACACCGAGUUCUGCCUCUGGUACGGAGAAGAUUUACGUGGUUUCAUAGAGAACGACAAGGGCGGGUGCAGAUGUGUAUGGUGCGUUGGUCUAAUCAGUGAUCUAAAAAACCUCGAACUUAAGAAUGAAUAUAUCUGUAAAUGCUAAAAAAUGUUAUCUUUGUACUACAUGAUUACAACUGAUAAAGGAAAUAAAAUUAUUCGAGGUGAGGAGACUGGUAUUUGUUUUCUAACCAUAAAACCCCGCUGAUUAGAGGCUCAAUGCUUUCAGUUUCAUUUAAAAGUUCAGCCAAAGACGGAAUCAGCGAACUUAUGUUCUAUUCGUAUGAUCUAAGAAGAAAUCUCUGGAAAGGUGAAUUUAGUUCGCAGAACUGAUCAAAUCUUAUCAAAUUUGUUUAAAAAGAAAAGAAUAUUUAUGUCAAAAGUUGACCCAAAAAUUGGUGUCAUCUCCAAAAAUUACACAUUCCCAUCGAAAUCGGAUUUACGAGCAGUGAAAUUAGAGCGUAAACUCAAUUUUUUCCCGCCGGCGCUUGUGCGAUUUACCGCGCUCCCGACCGCUCGCACAACUGCAUGAGACAUAUGAACGAACCAUUUAAACGAGCGUCUCGCGGCUUAUUUUUAUGUCAUAUUCAUAAAAGUGAUUCAGUUCGCGCCUUAAAUAGACUGCGGUUUAUUUCCCUCGUAAAAGUGGCCCCGAUUUCCCCUUUGUGGGCUGCGCAAGAUCUUCCACCAUUAAUGCUUCAAAUUUAAUCGACUAAGAUCUUUCGCUUCCUACAUACUUUCGUAACAAGAGACUAUAAACUGUAAUCUUUUGUUUCGUAACAAAGUGGCCCUCUACAAGUCAUAUGUUCUACAUCUACAUCCAUGAAAUUAAAACCAAUACUGACCAUAUCCGACCACAUUUGUUUAGAAGACUAGAAAAUUAAGGAGAAUUUGUAGCAAAAACUAAUCCUGUGAAUCAUGAUAACGUAAAAAAAGUUCUCGUCCCACUUCAAUUUUCCAGCUGGGGCAUUUGUUAAAGUAAAAAAGCUCGAAACAGAAGAGUAUUGAAACAAAUACGAUACGAAAUUAACAAAAAAAAACUAGAAAUGGAAUAUCAGGUGCUAAAGAAAAAUUUGUGGCAACGUGAAGCAAACCAUACAGAUUUGCACAAUUGAAAAAGCACGAAGUCCUUUACCAAUCUGAAUAGGUCAACUUUACGUGUGUCUUCUAGUCAACUUUGCGAGAGACCCGGGGAGAGUAAAGAGUAUGGGGACAUGGUUAUGUUCCAGUCAGUUUUCUAAGCAACACCUUGGAGAUUUAAUUAAGGUUUCAUUCGUUGUGAAACAGAUUCUUGUGAACUGUUCACGAAAAAUAUGAUGAUUUUUUUCGCAUAUCAAACAUUAACAAAAUCAAAAUAUGAACAGGACAUGAAGAAAGCCUCUGUGGUCAGACAGCUAUGAGAAUUAUUCAACAACAUUAUUAAGACACUUUAAGUUUCUCUUCUUCUCUUCUUCCUAUGAACAAAAGCUACAAAGGAUUAACUUUGUGAGAAGAAAGUUAACUCUGCUGUCCAUAAAAGACCAACAAAGAUUUAUGCAAACUCCAAAACGAUAUGACCAAAGUAACCUUUUAUCGAAGAUGUGACUGAGAACAACAUCAAUUAGCAAGGUACACAAUUGAAUGAUGACCUGUCGUCAAAGUUAUAAGCAGUAACUAAACAUUCAAAUGGAUUGGAAUCAUAAGCAAUUAGACAUGUCGAUUUGGCUAUUAUGUACUAUUUACAACUGAAUACAUAAGUUGCGCCAAAUACAACAUGCAUCAGUUUAACAGGAUAAAGAGGGCUCCUUUCCAAAAACAAGUUAACACUCGAGAUCUCCUUUCCAAUGACAAAUUGAUUCGAAACAUGGAAGGAUGUUUUAUAAUCUAGUCACUACUGUGAGAUAGAGAAAUACUUGUAGGCCCCCGCUCAUUACCAAGCUACCCACUCAAGUUAAUAGAAUUGAUGGAUUCUGAUCCAGCUUUUAUUUAAAAUUGAAAAUCAUUCCGAAUCAAUUGCUACUCAAGGACAUCAAAGAAGUGCCAUUUGAUUUAAGUGGAUCCAACGUUCUUGUCAGUGAAAACUACAGCUGAAAAGCAGAUUCAGAAAACCUUCCUGUGAUAGCCGAAAAAAAUGAGACAAAAGUAAAUUGUUAUCAUAAAAUAUACCAUUGAACAGCCACGAGUUAAAAUUGGAGUCACUACAACAAUACAGCUGUUAAACACUAUUAUAAUGUUCAAUGUUUCAUAUAAAUACAGCACGCAUCAGUCAUCAGUUCACUGUGUAUAGAUUUUCGUUCCUGAUCACAAGCAGCUGACGAAACCUACAGCGUGGAAACUCAAAUUUCUCGCUUAUUCUGUUCCUUCAGCGCCCAUUGCAAAAGGUAACUGAGAUAUUUGAUUGAUUCCAAGAGUUCAUAUUUGAUCAUUUUUUAACCAGGGGUUUCAAAAACUUUUGCCAUAAGCAUAAGGGGUGUAAUAGGCGACUGUGCCUGUAAAAGGGGGCGAAGGUGGAACCCGAACGCGAAGUUCUGUUCGCAGGCUAAACAGGCGUCAGUAAGUGGUCAUUACUGCAGGUAAUGUGUCGAUCAUGUCAAAGCUUCAACAUCCUCUCGGGCAACCCCCUGGGCAUUUGAACUUUUGAAGAUUAGUUUGAUAAAAUUCCCACCCCCUUCUCCUCCCUCGAGGCCAAAAUUGUGUUCAAAUGGCCCACCCAAGAGCUGGAUUGAUGAUCCAUUUUUUUGUAAGAUUCAAAAUCAGGGACGAUCUUCUGAGCCAUUACCUCGCGAAAGUAAACUGUUUAACUUCAAACACGUCCAUUUUCAAGAUGAAGCACUCGUAUUCCAUCGGAAAGACUGCACACUUCCGGUUCAAAAUUUCAUUCCAGCCAGGCAAAGUUCAAAUUGCCUGACUCCCUUCCCCCCGGCACGUUCGACAAUCAAAUGCCCGGGAAGAUGUUGAGGCUUUGAAUUGAUCGGCGCAUAACUGACUUUUGUCGAAACCCUUGAUUUCAACAGUUUUUUUUCACGAAGUGACUCUGUUUCUACUAACUAUGUGUACAGUUGCCUGUUUUCCUUCUUCUUCAGAUCAAUCCAAGUCACCAUGCUUUUUAAGUUCGCUCUAAUCACCAUGCUAGCCACAGCGUUCAUCAGCGAAGCUUCAGCAAAUUCCUGUCCUCGCUGGGUGAAGCUAAACAAGAGUCCAGUCUGCUUCGGAGCCCGAGACAGUCAGUUCGGCGCGUUUGCUUACUCUCAGAACAUCUUCGUAAGCUCGUUCAUGCUCGUUCAUCGUUCUGGAACAGUGACGUGUAAUAAAAGACAUUAUAGUUACUGGGGAUGUUAUCCAAAUCACGCAAGUAUAAAUGUCGUCGUAACAGAUCAUCAAAACAAGUUAUUGGCCCCAGCUGCUACCAAUCAUGGUGGAUGGUACAAUCUGUCAGGUUACACCUCCUCAUCUUCUGCCCUCGUGUUCUGUGCUGCCAAGCCCCACAGUAUCCACGCCAACACCCAGCUCCGCCUGUGGUACGGUGAAGAUUUACGUGGCUACACAGAGAACGACAACGGCGGCAAAACUUGCGCAGAUGUUUAUGGUCUGCUGGUCUAA